AAAAAAAUAACCUUGACAAUUAGAGAAAUCAUCCAGUGAAAUAAAAUGCAAGAAACUUUAGAACUUUCGGCGUGUGGAUGUCCUCAGUCUUCCUCUGGACGAUCAAAAAAACAUUACCACGAAAUAGGUGCUGAGGUAAUCGGCAAUCAGCUUCUAAUUCGCGUGGAGAAAGACCAGAAAAAGCUGAAGAGAAGACAGUGGGAGCCGCCCUGUGACUGUGAAAUACCUGAAAUCAGAAUUCCGUCGUCCAACGAAGAGCCAAAGCUCAUAAACGCCGGUGACAACAAUCAGAUUAUCUUCAGGAUAAAUUCCCGAUCGCAAGUGCACAGCGACGAUCCAAAAUUCAGACCUGAAAUAAUUUCGUACAAUUUAGGUGAUGAUCACAGUAAUUCUAAUGAACGUACCAUCAUGGUUCAUCCACAAUUGGAGGGAAAUGGGAGUCAAGAGAUUCAACGGGAUCACAUCGCCAUUGGCAAUCAAAACAUCUUCAUGAUGAGAAUAAAGAAAAAGCCCGAUAUCAAGGAGCAUAAGCACCGGAAUAUUGAACUGGAGGUUCGAUAUCCUAAAAUGCCAGAGAGAAUUCCUACCCCGCCUCCUCCACCUCCCCCUUCUCUGCCUCCUCCACCCCCUGAGCCACCAAAGCAGGAGGAAGAGGUGAGGAAAGAUACAAAAGGCAAGAAGGCAAAGAAAAAGAAGUAAUAAACUGCACAUCUGUGAAAAUAAAUAUUUUCCUUCGAUUCUAGUUCGGAAAAUAUUUUUUUCCAAACGGAUAUGUCAAAGAUUAUCAAUAGUUUUGUGUUGCCAGUGAAAAAUGGAUUUUUUUCUUCUUUUUAUAAUUUAAAAGUUCCACGUAAAAAUCACCUCCUGGGGUAGAGUUUCAUGUUCAUUCAUCGUUAGCUAUUUAAAAGCUCACCCCGAGUGUAGCUAGUAACCGGUAUGGGUUUGAGGAUGCCAUUGAGGAAUGUGAAAUUGCUUCGUUACGGGUUGGCCACUCAAUGAAAUCUCCUGUGGGCCCUCGUACAACUCUCCAGCCUACACUCUGCACGACUCAAUGAACACGUAAACGUUAAUGGGCCCCUCUCCUGGACACCGAUGGCUUCGACUUCCAGUCAAUGUCUAUGGCCCAUUGAUGAACAACCCUUGUAAGCGUUUUUCGGUAGCUUUCAAUGAGAUGAUUCGUGUCUCAUGGGACUUUUACAAGCGUCUAAAAGGUCAUCAUUCGCGUAAUGAUUAUCUGUGUCACUUUGGAAUGGCCAUUCACCGAAAAUACCGUGACUCGAUGGAAUUCAUUCAUCAAUUGUACACACCUUUCACACCUGGAGAUGAAAAUCUGCAUUUUUUGAAUUUUUAA